UAUUUUUCCGUUUAUUUAUUAUUGUUUUCCAAAAAUGUACAAAAACAAAAGAUUUAACAAAGGUACAAAAACCAAAGCACCUUUAAAUCCUAUUGGCGAGGAUACAACAAUUAAAAUACCGCGACUAGAUAAUCCUCCGAUUGAUAAAGAAAAUGAAUCAAAUGAUAAAAAUUGUGAGAAAGAACUAUUCAGCCAGGAAGCUCUUGAGGCAAUACCUGCUUCGCAGGAACCAACCCAAAGAUAUCUCUCCCAAAGGAGCACGCUCUGUCGAACCCAAUCGCGGAGUACUCAACGGCCACCUACAACAUAUUUCGAAUUGGUUAUGAUCAAGUCCGGUGUGAAUUUGGAUGCUGCUGAUAAUUUUGUAAUAUCUUGUGACCACGUCUCUUUUGUUUGUAAGUUUCGAGAAAUCUUUGUGAAAUGCCAAAACUACCCCUCAAAUGUGGAAACUUUUAAAACCGGUCUUCGAAAUGCUUUGAAUGACAAAAAAAUGGCUUUGAAAUUGCUCAGUGGAUGUACCAUCAAUAUGCCAGGAGAAGAAAAUCCCUAUCAAUCGCAAGACAGUAUGAUUGUCAAUUUCCUAAUGAUUGAUUUUCUUCAAGAAGCUGUUAUAAACAUUAUCCUGGAUAAAGUGGAUGAAAUUUCAAAAUCACAAACAUCAACUAGUUACGAUGUACCAAUACUUCCAUUGAUGCUGUCCCAGUUGCGAUAUGUAACACAAACGACGGAUGCGGAUUUGAUUUACACUCGAAUCGUUGAUAUUUUUGAAAAUGCCGUACAAUCUGUUCAAUGGGAUAUAAUCGCCAACGCUGAAAUGUUCCUCAAGUCUUCCAAGCAUGAUGCAUUUGCUGAAAUGCUAUUAAAUAAUUUUGCCAGUCCCAAGGAUGUUUUUCAUUCAACAACCAUUAAAACAUUUACAAACUUGUGUCUUUCGCCAAGGAUGCAAACUAAGCUAAGAAAGAAAGCACUUAUCUACAUUAAGGAUGAUGGAUGUCCACCAAAAAUUCUACCUCUGCUGGUGAAAUUGAUGUUGAAAAUAUUAAAUGAAAAUGAUGAGAACGUGAUUCGUGAGCUUGUGGAUGAUUUAAGAGAUGUUUUAAUGAGAGAAUUUGAUUGCAAUAAACAAGAUGUGCAACAAUCACUUGUAGAUACUUUCAUCUGCAUUACUCAAGGAUUGACAAGGUCGAAAACACUUUUUGACACAUGGGAAAAAACUAUUCAAAAUCUAACACCCGCUAAUUUCAGACCAAUCGACUUGGUGGUACUAUUGAAAAUGAUGUCUAUAAAAGAAGUACGAAGUACUUAUAUUGAAAAAAUCAUACGAUGUCGAAUAAAACUAGAACACAUCAAUGUUGAUAUUCUAAUUGACGCCAAAACAAAAUAUGCACCCAUUUUAACUGACCUCAUAAAUGUUCUGCUUCGAAUUUUACACGAUUACAUAAAAGAUAAAAAUAAAAUCAUAUCGGAUUUUGGAAGAAAUUCUUACAACAUUAUCUUUGGUGUUGGUGAAUCAACUCAAAAAGACAUUCUUCUUAAGCUUGUCGAAUUAACGUGCGAUAAAUCAGCAUCGAGUAUGACAACAGAGGCAUUGGAAUUAAUAAAAGAAUUAAAACUUAAAUAUCCAUCAAAUGUUCAAAAUUGGGGUAUGGUUUUAAUGCCUCUUUUAGAUCGAAUCAGUGAAAUGAAUUUACCACAAACACGCCUUGUUAUGGAGUUACUUUGUUCGAUUGCAUUUCCUGCUCCUCCACUUGAUGAAUGUCCAGUAUUGCAAGAUCAAAUCGAUAUGCUGAUCAAAAAACAAAUUAUUAAUCGAUUGCCCAAAGUUAAGAAACAAGGUAUAAUAGGAGCUGUUCAAAUGAUCGAUAAUGUCGCUAGAAUCGACGAUAUCCAUGCAGAUCCUAUGUAUGACUUCAAUACAUCGUAUAAUACAGUUGAAGAGUUGCCAGAGGGAAGAGGAAAAAUUGCAGCAAAUUAUAUAACUCGAAUUCAUUCCACAACAAUAUACUGCCCUGAGUCGCUGGCUUUAUUUUAUGAUGAGCUCGCAACCGUAUGUUCUACAAAUUAUCAAAGAAAUGAUAACCUUCUAGACCUGGAUCGACCCUUUCUUAUUUGGCUAUGUGAGCUUAUAACGUAUUAUUUCCAAAACAGUUUCGUUAUAGAAGAUCAUCCUAAAGAAAAUCUAGGGAUUGCAAUUUCAUACCAAAAAUGUAUUAACACUCCAGAAGACACAAACACACCCACCGAAAGCGAAUUGGUGCCAAUAGCUGUAGAUAUAGCUCAACUGGUUUUGAGCCCUACUCAUGAAGCUUCUUCCUCCAUUCUCGUCCUGGCUCCAUUGUUCAACCUAAUGAGGGUUCUGCAUUUUGUUCGAUACGAUGGUAGUUUAGAGAUGAUAAAUGCUCUUCUUGGGUGUGGUAUAAUUUUACCUAAGGUCUUCGAAAAUAUCGACAGUGUUGAUAUAUUUUACGAAUACGAUGACAUCCAAAGCAAACACAUUUUAGAUAUUUUCUUCCAUACAGUGAAUUGGAUUCGUGAAACAAUAAGUUCAUUUUCGUGUCAGAAUGAUCCCAUGAUUCGAGGAAAAGUCCUAACUCGAUUAGUAGAUUUAAUUAAAAUUGAGGAAUGUGUUCGAAAACUCUUGAUAAAAGCUCCAGCUGACUACACACCACCGAUUUGUCAAUUCAUGACAAUGCCUGAACCUGUUGUACAAGUUAAAAAAACUGCAGGACGUAAAAAAGCACCGGGAAAAGCUGGAAACAAAAAAAAGAAUCUCAAUGCAUCAACAGAGCAGAACGAAACAGAAGCAACAAUGGCCAACAUGACGGUGCCAAGUACAGCACAAAUAAGUAGUUCGAAAAUAACAAAAUCAUACUUGGGAAAGUUUGAAACCACAUAUGGUCCAAAGGAAAUUUACAGGCAAAUGAAUUCAGAUAUAAUGUUAAUUUUAAAAGCUAACUUUAACAUUAAAUACCCUCGCCCAAUUGAAGAAAUUCCCAAAUCAAUUGGACUUUUGGAAUUCAAAUUCAUCAUAACUGAUAUUGUUAAUAAACUAGAAUCAAUAACAGGAGUUAAAAAAUUCAGCAACGAUCAACAGUCGCAGUAUAUGAGCUAUCCAAUUCACUUCAUAACUGACAUUGUAAAUCAAUUUCUUGAUCCAAUUAUGAAUAAUUUCCACGAGAUUUCAAAUGCAAUUUCGACAACAGUUCAACGAGUGGAUGGUGCCUUAGGCAAUGCUGAUCUCUUCACAGAUGAACUGAAUUAUCUUAAAAUUUGUUUCGGCUUGUGUUUGCGUUUGUUGGCAGCUCUAUUUUCUUGGUCUGGAUUCGGUGAUGCCUGCAAUAAGAAAAUACUGAAAGGAGCCUUAUUGGGAGUAUUGGGAAAAUCAGUUCGUCAAGAAUUUAUCAACAAAGAUACUUCGACCUUAGCUGUGGAGGUAUUUAAUAAAUGUCGAGCAACAGAAGCUAGUGCAAUUGACAUUAAAUCAGCUGUCCAUCUAUAUCACUUAAUACAAUCCCUUAAGAAAUUCGCUAUUAAAAAAGAUUUGGAUCAAGAUAUAAGAAACCUUUGCAAAGUCUUACUUUGCAGGAAAUGGUUCAAUUAUGAUGGAACAAUGGAAAGAGGCACCCUGUGUAAUAUCUAUUUAGACGAACUUGUGAAAGGAUAUUUAAGAAAAUCAGAUUUUCGCCGCCAGAAGACUAUACUGGAUGCUAUUCUGGAAGAAACUAAAUUUCUAAAGUCUAAAGAGAAUUCAUUACGAUCUUUUCCAAAUUUUAAUAAGGCAAACUUUCCAAUGCUUUUUAGAGGACUUUGUGAAACUCUUAUUAGUACACUUAAUGUUGCAGUAAGCGAAUCUAGGCAAACUGGAUCGGAUCAAUUGAGAGUCUGGGAGAAGAGUUGUGAAAUAUUAAAUACCCUUUUGGAGAUCAUCCAAUCCCUGGAUGUGCCAAGAAACUUUGCACUUUUCUUGAAACACGCUCAUUUUUAUUUAAAAAUUGUUCUUCAACAUGGAUUGCCUGUGUAUGAGAACUAUCUGAGAGAAAAUCCAGAAAGAGUCAAUGAAUUGCUGAAGAAUCUCCAAGUGACGACACGAUUCUUACACAAUCUUUGCUGCCAUUCGAAAGCUCUCAAAAAUACAUCAAUUUUGAUUCUUAUUCCACCUCUGCGUGAAACUGUAGAAAAUUUAGUUUUUCGUGUAAAAGCACUGCUGGCAGCUAACAAAUGUGCUUCGGUCUUCUGGAUGGGUAAUCUCAAAAAUAAGGAUUUACAUGGUGAUGAAAUUUUGUCCCAGACCGCAUCUUGGAGUUCUGCAAACGAUGGUAACAGUGAUGAUGAAAUCCCUGAAGACGAUGCUAGCAUCGAAGAAACGAUACUUGGUGAAAAUGAUAGUAAUGCGACAGGAAAUGAUUCGUUGCCGGACGCAUCAAGAAGUACUUGUAUUUGAACAUAGAAAUAUAGGCACUAUUGAGUGUAAUUGUUCGUUGUUAAAGUAA